GGCACUUCUCGCGAGCUUUCCCCUCCCACUUCGCUCCCCCGCUCGCUUCCCUUUCUUUGUUCCCACGUCUGGAGGGUCUCGCGGGAGCCGAGCGCAGGGGGGAGCGCGAGGGGGCCGUGGCCGUGGCUGUGGCCGUGGCGGCAGCUCUCGCGGUGUUUGCGCGGCCCUCCCCCUACCCUCCGGGAUCCCCCCUCCCCCCAGCUCCGCUCGCUUCCCCUCCCCGCAGGGAGAAUAUGGUCGCCGGCGAUGGACACCCCCAGUGCAGGAAGCGCCUUUGAGGACUUCGUGGAAGCCCUGCCCGAGAGCCCAGCCGGCCAGUUCUUCAACCUCCCCAAGCUCGGAGGCGCCAAGUAUGAUGCUCUGCCUUACUCCAUACGGGUACUGCUGGAAGCUGCUGUUCGAAAUUGUGAUGGCUUCGUAGUAAAAAAGGAAGAUGUUGUGAAUAUUUUAGAUUGGAAAAAUAAACAAAACAAUGUUGAAGUGCCCUUUCUCCCUGCCCGGGUUCUCCUUCAAGAUUUUACGGGGAUACCAGCAAUGGUGGAUUUUGCUGCUAUGAGAGAAGCAGUGAAGACUCUUGGGGGAGAUCCUAAGAAUGUCCAUCCUGCCUGCCCUACAGAUCUCACUGUUGACCAUUCUUUGCAAAUUGACUUCAGUAAAUGUGCAAUACAGAAUGCUCCAAAUCCUGGAGGUGGUGAGCUGCAGAAAACAACAAGCAAACUUUCUCCACUUAAAGUCCAGCCUCGAAAAGUCUCCUGCAGAGGUCAAACUACUUGCCGAGGGCCAUGUGAUGGUGGAGAACUGGGCCGCAACUCAGGAAAAUUUUCUGCGCAGAUUGAGAACACGCCUAUCCUGUGUCCUUUUCAUUUACAACCAGUGCCUGAGCCUGAAACAGUAUUAAAAAACCAAGAAGUAGAAUUUGGCCGAAAUCGAGAGAGGCUACAAUUUUUCAAGUGGAGUUCAAAAGUUUUUAAGAAUGUGACUCUAAUCCCCCCUGGAACUGGAAUGGCUCAUCAAGUGAAUUUGGAGUAUUUGUCAAGAGUGGUGUUUGAAGGAGAGAAUUUAUUCUUCCCAGACAGCGUGGUGGGAACAGAUUCCCAUAUCACCAUGGUGAACGGCUUGGGCAUCCUGGGCUGGGGAGUCGGUGGCAUUGAGACCGAGGCGGUCAUGCUGGGUCUCCCAGUCUCUCUGACACUGCCGGAGGUGGUUGGCUGUGAAUUGAUUGGGUCAUCAGGUCCUUUGGCCACAUCCAUAGAUGUGGUUCUUGGUAUUACAAAGCACCUCAGACAAGCCGGAGUGGCCGGAAAGUUUGUCGAGUUCUUUGGGAGUGGAGUUGCUCAGCUGUCUGUGACUGACCGAACAACGAUAGCAAAUAUGUGUCCGGAAUAUGGUGCUAUUCUGAGCUUUUUCCCUGUUGAUAAUGUGACUUUAAUGCACUUAGAACACACAGGUUUUGACAAAGACAAGCUUGCGUCCAUGGAAACAUACCUUAAAGCUGUGAAGUUGUUUAGAAGUGACCAGGAUUCUCCAGUGGAGCCCGAGUAUUCCCAGAUAAUACAGAUUAAUUUGAACUCUAUAAUUCCAUCUGUCAGUGGUCCAAAAAGGCCCCAGGAUCGAGUAGCUGUGAGUGAUAUGAAAAGUGAUUUCCAAGCUUGCCUAAAUGAAAAGGUUGGAUUUAAAGGCUUUCAGAUUGCCGCUGAAAAACAAAAUGAUGUCGUGCCUAUUCAGUAUGAAGGAAUUGAGUAUAAAUUGUCUCACGGGUCUGUUGUCAUUGCUGCAGUGAUCAGUUGUACCAAUAACUGCAAUCCAUCCGUCAUGCUUGCUGCAGGUCUGUUGGCGAAAAAAGCUGUUGAAGCUGGUCUCCGGGUUAAGCCUUAUAUCAGAACAAGCUUAUCUCCUGGCAGUGGGAUGGUUACACAUUACCUCAGUUCAAGUGGAGUGUUACCGUAUCUCAGUAAGCUUGGAUUUGAAGUAGUUGGUUAUGGAUGUUCCACCUGUGUUGGAAACACAGCUCCCUUGCCAGAAGCUGUUCUGAAUGCAAUAAAAGAGGGUGACUUAGUUGCCUGUGGAGUGUUAUCUGGCAACAAGAAUUUUGAAGGUCGUCUUUGUGACUGUGUCCGUGCCAACUACCUUGCCUCACCACCUCUAGUAGUAGCUUAUGCCAUCGCAGGAACAGUGAAUAUUGAUUUCCAGACCGAGCCUUUAGGCACUGAUCCCCAAGGCAAAAACAUCUACCUACAUGAUAUUUGGCCUAAUCGAGAAGAGCUUCAUAAAGUAGAAGAAGAGCAUGUGAUAUUCUCCAUGUUUAAAGAAUUAAAUGAAAAAAUGGAGAAGGGAAAUAAGCGGUGGAAUUCCUUAGAUGCACCAGAUUCUGUUUUAUUCCCAUGGGAUUCAAAAUCCACUUAUAUCAGAUGUCCAUCCUUUUUUGAUAAACUUGCCAAAGAGCCAGUUGCACUGCAGCCCAUUGAAAAUGCCCACGUUUUGCUCUAUUUGGGAGACUCUGUCACAACAGAUCAUAUCUCACCUGCUGGGAGCAUUGCCAGGAGUAGUGCUGCUGCUAAGUAUCUGACAAACAGAGGCCUUACACCUCGUGAAUUCAAUUCUUAUGGAGCCCGAAGGGGUAAUGAUGCUGUGAUGACGAGAGGAACCUUUGCAAAUAUCAAGCUCCUAAAUAAGUUUAUUGGAAAACCAGCUCCUAAAACAAUCCAUUUUCCAUCAGGUCAAACGCUGGAUGUAUUUGAGGCUGCAGAAUUAUACCAGAGAGAAGGUAUUCCAUUGAUUAUUUUAGCAGGGAAGAAAUAUGGCUCUGGAAAUUCAAGAGACUGGGCUGCCAAAGGACCAUAUUUGAUGGGUGUGAAAGCUGUGGUAGCUGAGAGUUAUGAAAAGAUUCACAAAGACCACUUGAUUGGAAUCGGCAUCGCUCCACUGCAGUUUCUUCCAGGAGAAAAUGCCAGUUCCUUGGGCCUCUCUGGCAGAGAGCAGUUUUCUUUUUCAUUCCCUGAAGAUCUGUCACCGGGAGUCACCUUAAACAUAAAGACAAGCACUGGAAAAGUAUUCAGCGUGAUUGCUUCGUUUGAAAAUGAUGUGGAAAUAACAUUAUACAAACAUGGCGGAUUAUUAAACUAUGUGGCUCGAAAAUUCUCCUAGUAUCUACUGAACGUGGAUCCCUUCCGUAAUUGGUAGCUGCCAAUGCCUUGUGUGAUGGACCCAGGAAUCCAUACCAUGGAGCUCCAAACAGUGCUGUAUGCUCAGUUAUCUCCUCCAUGGGUGUAAAUGAUUGUGAAUCAUCGUAGUGACCACAAUGAGAUCUUUCUUGAUUUUAAAUACUAUACGAAUGGUGCUAUUAACAUUGCUAAAAUCAGCCUAAGUGUGUUGUGGAAGAGAGCUGUAAGUAUGGGGGGGUGGGGGUGGGGAUAUUUUAUCAAACCAUUUUGUAAAUAAACAAGGCGGAGUUUGAACUUGAAUUGUGGUGAAGACUAUUAUGUAAGAGCAGCCUUCCUGCAGUUGUUUUCUUUAGUUUUGCACCUUUAAAACUGGGUACUACUGUUUGUUGGUUUAAGAGUAACAGAUUGACGUAGGAGAAGCCAAAUCAGAUUAUCGAAUUAUGGAAGCUGAGAAACGGGGGUCUGAAUGGACUUUUAUUCUGUAGCCUUAGAAUUGAGGUAAGCAAAGCUGGUGUACUUAGGUAGGUGUCUGCUUUAGUUUGGAAAUAGAGGCCAGAGAGAUACAAGGGAUGUGAUCUUGAGAAAUAAAAGAGUUUUGUGUAGGUGAAGAUGGGCCUUUCCAGACUGGGGCCUGCUUUUAUCUAGGAGGAAGGGGAGACAGACUAGUCUAUUCCAGAGCAGUCCAACAUGUUACUGUAGAUGUUAGUAAGUUGCUGGUAAAGCUGCAAGGGAUGAUAACAGAAUCACAGAUGAAACAGAAGUUAUUCGCCUUCAUGGGAAACUUACUUCCAAGUACUAUCAUUGACUAAAAACUCAUCUUUUACUGUUGUUCAAGAUCUGAGCAAGGAACUGUAUAUUUAACCAGACAACUCUAAAAAUGAUCUUCUCCAAGCUUUUGGAGAUGGCCUGAAAUGAUAUCAGAUGUUCAGUCUAAAUGAUUAGGUGUGAAGUGGCUGAGCAGUCUAGGUAGUUUUUAUUUUAGUAUUUUGGACACAUUUAGAAUUAUUUAAAAACAUUUUCUGGUGCUUUGAGUCAUCCUUUUUAUUUCUUUGGGUCAGUUUUCAUGCUAAUUGUGUUAUCCCUAUGUGAGGGCAGCGAUGUUUAACCUAUUCUGAACACUCUUGCAAGCAUCCAUUUUUGCUUACCAGAAUGAAUUCCUUGAUAUAACCCAAAGAAGCUGGACCACUUUUCUAUUACCCAAGGGCUUAGAUGGUUAUUUCUGAAGCUUUUAUAAGUUAUUUUCAAUUUAAGGAAUUUCAUUUUAAGAAGUAAAAGUGAGUGAAAGGAAAGGUAAUGUACUAUUCACUUUGAAAUAUUAUUACAAUUUUUAAUCAAUUUAACGUUGCAUAUAAUAGGAAUGAUAAAACCCUACCAAUUAUUUAAACCAGUGGACAGGGACCACUGAGUAACUAUUGCACAGAAUUCCCAGUGUGAGAGUUUACAGAUAAGUCAUAAAUAUAUAUUAGGAUGAUAAAAUGUACUAGAUUGAAGCUAAAUGACUUCCUCUUCUUCCCCUUUCCCUCCCUUCCCCCCAUCAUGUGCACUAAAAACAAAUUCUUGUCUAAUAUUAUUUGUUUCCUAUCACCUUUAAACCAUAUUGUUUUUCAAUACUUUAUCAUGCUUUUAUGUAUCCUUGUUGGUGUAUUUUUUAAUUUACAUGGAAACGUGUUAGAGCUGGAAUUGUUUCAUUCUAAAUGUUAUAAUAGCCACGGUGAUUUUCAAAAGGAAAUGCUUGACUUCAAUAAUUUGAAAUCAUUUGGAAAAAAAAAAAAAAAAAAAAAAAACCUUUAUCCACUUGGGGCCAUCUGAAGCCUCCGCGUAGAGCUGCAAACAUGAACAGAUCAACUGUCUGGCCUUGAUGAGGCCACUUUGAAUUCUCCACCAGGAAUAAAACAUUUAUAGGCAUUUAAUGUCUAGUCGGUUCAGUAGCCAUUGUCGUGGUUAGUGAGCCUUACUGUGUUGUCUAAUUCUAGUUACCUUGAGCUCUUGUUUGUAUAUUGCAAGUAGAAUUUUCUUUCCCGGGAGCUGCUGGCUAGUUCGGGCUUCUCAGAACUGCUGUUGACCAAGUGUUGUUACAAGAGGGGAAUCCUGGCAUUCAGUGCCGAGUCUGCUGUGUGUCUCUUUAGUUUGUCACCCUUUUAUGCAUAGAAGAUGUCUCUUGCACACUGAAACCAGAAGAAAUAAAACUGUUUAAUGAAAGGAAAUCCUGUGGAUAUAUCACAAAAGCACCUCGGGGUUUGUGAAUUCAAGUACAGUUGUAAAAGCACAUCAUCACCUAAAGUAUUUGUUUGUUUGUUUUUUUUAACUUUGACAAUAAAUUAUGUUAAGUGGAACACCCAAUUUCAUGACUUACAGUUCUGCUGCUCUUUGAUAUGAAAUUGGUGAAAAAGGUCUCUCUUGUUCACCAACCCUCUGAUAGCUAGAGUUGUUUUAUUCUGUGAUUGACUUCUGAAGAGAAGGAAAUGAGCUGCAUCCCCUGGGCUUUGAAGGGAGGAGUAUGGUCCUUACAAACCCCCCCCAGAUGAGUGAGGAGGGGGGGACAAUCCUAUGGAAAUGAAGCUCAGACAGCCCAGCCACUGCCUAAGCUAUCUGGAAGAUAUUCCACUUUGUCAGUCCAAGUGUUGCCAGCAUCAUUUGCACCUGCCUGUAGUAGGGUGGAGAGAAUUUUUUUGGCCACUGUGGGAGUUGUGGUCCCAAUUAAAAGGCAACUUUUUUCUUUUGGCAUUUAAUUUAUCUUUGAGGAUGGCAGGGGGAACAAAAUGGACACUCUGAGCCUUUCUUGGUUUGUUUGAUUUGGGAGAACAAAACAAAAAAAGAUAUUAUUUGGGCUUUGGAGAUGUUUAUUCCCCAAAUUGUGAUAGUGUUGCUGUUUCUAUCCAUUUGACAUCUAGUAUAUGGCUAUAGAACCAUAUGUAUAGUAAUCACAUUUGAAUAAUUGCAAAUCAAUGUCUACUGUUUAAAGCCAACAAAACAGUAUAACAGUUUUAAGUUCAACAAUGUUAAGUAUUGUAUAGAAAUAUAUCUGGAGGCAAAGUUCAAUUGAUGACAAUUGUGCAUAUAAUGUUACCAAUGUUGUAAAUUAUUUUUAAUAAAGAAAAUUGUAUUAUCACUGA